AUGCUUGUUCGCGUAUAUUUACAGCUGCCCAGUCGCCUUACCUGCAUUCUCUUAAAAAUCUUUCUCAAUCAACACAAAUUCUUUUCUUUUCUUUUCUUUCUUAUUCCUCUUCCUCUUUUUUCUUUAUUUGAUUUUUCUUCUUUGUCUAUUGAUUUCUUUCUGUUUCUUUUUUGUCUCCUUUUCGCCUUUUUUUUCUUCUUCUGUUGUUGUUUCGUCUUCUUCUUCUUCUUCUUCUUCUUCUGUUGUUUCUUUUUGGCUUUCUUCGCUUUUCUUUAUCUAUUGAUUUUUUGUUUCUUUGCUGUCCCCCUUUUCGUCUUUCUUUCUUUCUUUCUUCUUCUUCUGUUUCUUUUUGGCUUUCUUUGCUUUUCUUUAUCUAUUGAUUUUUUGUUUCUUUGUUGUCCCCCUUUUCGUGUUUCUUCUUCUUCUUCUUCUCUGGUUCAUAUUCCUUUUCUUUUUUCUCGAGGUGUUUCUUUUUCUUCGUUCACCUCCUCCUCCUCAUCUUUCUUCUUCUUCUUCUUCUUCUUCUUCUUCUUCUCUUUUAUCUGGUUCAUAUUCCAUCCCUUUCUUUCUUGUUGUGUUUCUUUUUCUUCGUCUUCUUUUUUACCCUUAACUCCUACGUCUCUUUCUUGUUCGUCUUCUACUUUUUCUCAUUCUUUUUCUUCUUCUUCUCCUCCUCCUCCUCUUUUCUUCUUCUUCUUCUUCUUCUAUUAA